AUGCAAAUGGCCGCCGCCAGGUCAAGCGCUCCCGGUUUGACGACGUGGUGGCAUGACAAGUCUUCUGUCGACACCGACAACGCCACAGCGCCAGAUGAGGUCAGGCGCUCACGCAGAUAUAAUGUGUUUGUUUCUCCAGCAGGAGAGGAUAGGUUUCAACGCUCCUUUGUUUAUGAGUCGAUCCCACGUAACGGCAAUGGAAAGAUGUUUGACCCUGCUCAGCCCGGCCGAGAGUAUAAUCUCACCGAUGGCGAUGGGAUAACUGUUGAGGUCGAUGCAGGGGUCAACAUGGCAUGGUCCCAGUUCCAGUACAGCCGGGAUGUCGAUGUUCGAAUUGUGUCUACGGAUGGGUCCUCGCUCGGUCCGGCAUCAAAUGUGGUCGUCCGGCCGGUAGAUCUGGACUUGGCUGUUACCAGUUCUGGCAUUGAUACAAUCGACAUACGAAUCCCAUACCAAGAUUCCGGCGCCCGGUUUUCAAUCGAAUUUCAGAAUGACCUUUAUACCUACCGAUCGGACGGGACUGAGUACGUGUCUGAGGGUGGCAUUAUCGUCAGCGAGGAACCCAGGAACGCACUCCUUAUUUUCGCCAGUCCCAUGAUACCAGACCACCUCAUCCCGUCCAAGAUAUCACCAGACACACAGGUAAUGAAGCCUGGUAGCAUAACACAGCGGAGCCUUGGCUCAAAGCCCACGUUAUACUUCGAGGCCGGGGUCUACUGGAUGGAGAAGGACGGAAUCCUCGGCAAGGAUCACAUCAAGCUUCACCCAAACACGCAUUAUGUAUACUUCGAGCCUGGUUCAUAUGUCAAGGCCGCUUUUGAAUUCACUACUCGUCACGCGGACUUCUAUACCAUUGGGAACGGUGUGGUGUCCGGGGAGCAUUACGCGUACAUGGCCAACACCAUCCAGAACUACACUGCAGUCAAAGACGACCGAUACAGUCUGCGCAUGUUCUGGCACCAAUCUGUCAUGGACAACCAGACAUGGCACUGCGUCGGACCGACGCUGAAUUCGCCUCCCUUCAACACCAUGGACCUCCACCCAAUGUAUCAUACACCUCACGAGGAGGACAACAAGGCCAGCGCCCACAUUCGGGACUACAAGCAGGUCGGAGCCUUCUACUUCCAAACCGAUGGCACACAAAUGUAUAACGGAACUGUCCGUGAUGUUUUUUGGCACGUCAACGAUGAUGCCAUCAAGCUUUACCAUUCUGGGGCUCAGCUCGACAGACUGACUAUCUGGAAAGCCCGCAACAACGCGGUCAUCCAGAUGGGAUGGAAGCCACGAAACGUCGGCGGGGUAUCCGUAAACAAAGUCCGCAUCAUCCAUAACAGAUGGAUCCAGCCCAACGCGUAUGUCCCGUCGUCCAUUCUAGGUGCGUCGCCAAUCUAUGCGGACCCCAAGGAGAUCGACCCUUCACGGAAGAUGUCGCUGCGCAUCAACGAUCUUGUCUGCGAGGGGAUCUGCGCAGCCCUCAUGACGAUAGCGCCGUUGCAAAAUUUUGAUCUGGAGAUUCAGAACGUGCGGUUCGAGAAAAUGCACAACGACACUGUUGUGAGGCUUGGGCGCAGCGUGGUAGGAAUGGAUGCUGGGGAGGGAGUCGACAACUUUACACCUGGCCAGGGAAAUCUAACUCUGGGCAUUGCGAUACGGAACUGGACAAUUGGGGGACAGAGAGUUGACGGGACAAACUGGAGGGAAGACCAGCUGGGCCAACUUUACAUUCAUCCCGACUUUUACGGAGAUUGGAGCAUUGAGUGA